AUGACUUCAUUAAUAAUUACUUUAUUAUUAUCAGUUGUCACAUUAACAACAUCAGAUUUGUCGCAAAGUAGCGAACAAAAUGUACUUGCACGUUUUUAUUCUAAUUUUGCCCAAUUAUAUCGUCCAGCAUUAUUAAAAUCAUAUUCAUCAGAAUUAAAUCACGAACAAUCAAUUGAACAAUAUCGAUUUUUAUUUAAUGCAAAAGAAUAUUCACAAAUAACUGAAGAAUCAAUAACAAUGUUAAAUACAAAUGUUAUUGAACGAACAAUUAUUUAUCAUCCAACACCAAUGUUUGAAAUAAAUGGUACACGAUAUUUUUAUCGUCGUGAUUCAAAAGAAAAUGAUGGCAUUGAAAUAGAACUUGUUAAUUCAAACGAUUUUAUUUUUCGUGAAGUUCAACAACCAAAUCAUUAUUUUUAUUUAUCAUCAUAUGAUGGUCUUGAAUAUUUAAAACAAGUUCCUACUAUGCCUUAUUAUGAAGUUAUAUUUAACUGUAAGUCAUUAUUUACAAAAGAUACUUCAAUUCAAGCACCACUCUUAUCAUAUAUUAACAAAAAUAUUCAAUGGACACCUCGAUAUAUAAUAGAUCUAUCAUCAUUUAGUACGAAUAAACAACCAGCAAUGUAUGCCUAUGCUGAUAUUCGUAACAAUGGUGAACAAUCAAUUGUUAUUAAAGCGGCGGAAUUUAUUGCUGGAGACAUAAAUUUAAAUCAAAGACCACUUGAAUAUUUAAGUGCAAAUUUACUAUAUGCAAAAAGUGCUAGUGUUCCUCUAUUAUCAGAUACAACUGAUAAUAAUUUUAUUCAUCGAUUAGAUGAACAAGCUGGUGGUACAUAUGUAUAUCAAUUAUCAUUACCAUCAUCUAUAACAUUAGAAGCACGUUCAUUAAAAUCAAUUAAAUUCUUCGAAACAAAUAUUACAAUUGAACGAUUUCUUUAUUAUUCAUCUUUAUUUUCAACUAUAAAUUCUUAUGGUAAAUUAUUAAAUGCAUUUAAUCUAACAUCACAUAAUAAUUUUAUUCCUAAUGGUCUUCUAACAUUACAUGAACAAGGAAGAUUUAUUGGUCAAAUUAAUUUACCAGAUAUAACUCAAGGUGAAACAUAUACAAUGCAAUUUGGUUAUGAUAGUGAUGUUACAUAUCGUCGACAAGUUAAAAUAGUUCAAGGUAAUGAAAAUAGUAAAUCAAUAAUAUAUUAUGUUGAAUAUAUUUUUGAAAAUUAUAAAUUAUCUCAUGAUGUUCAUUUAUAUUUUAUCGAAUCAUUUAAAUCAUUGAAAUAUUUUCGAAUAAAAAAUAUUUCAACAUCAAAGAAUAAUAAUAAUUUACCAGAUCUUGUAUCAUAUGGUACUGAUUUACGAGGAUAUAUCACUAUUCCAUGUCAACGUAUUCAAAAAGUAAUUAGUUAUAAAUUAAUUACAUACACAAUUAAACCAACAAUAUAUACUCAUAUAUAA